CGCUGACCAACGAAAGCACCGCUUUGGUUUAAGUUUCUUUUGACGUGUAAAGUUAAGCAAUGACCUUCUCCCGCUUCGUGACCAUCGGCCGUGUGGCUUUGAUCAACUACGGCCCUGACUCUGGCAAGUUGGCUACCAUCAUCGACGUUGUCGACGAAAACAAGGCGUUGGUCGAAGGUCCCUACAGCGUCACCGGCGUCAACCGCCACGUGAUCUCGUUCAAGCGUUUGGCGUUGACUGACUUGUCCGUCAAGAUUCCCCGCCAAGCUCGUGAAGCCACGUUGAAGAAGGCGUUGGCGAAAGCUGAUAUCUUGAACAAAUGGGCCGCCACCGCCUGGGCCAAGAAGAGUGAAGCCAAGAAGACCCGCGCGGGUUUGAACGACUUCGCUCGCUUCAAGAGCAUGAUUGCUCGCAAGCAAAAGUCGUCCUUGAUCAAGAAGGCGAUUGCCGCUGCCAAGAAGAACUAAACAGAGCUGUCUCUGAAUGGUAGUAGUCACUUGCUUAACCGUGUUGGGUUUGAUUUAUUGCUUGACGAAGACAAGGAUUGCCAUCCUCAACGAACCAAGGCCGUGGCUCCAUGGUCAAUAAUACAACGUCGAAAUGAUUACAGCCCGUGCUUUCUUCUAAACGAAUCGACUUGUUUCGCAGGCCUGGCCUGUACACAAGGCAGAUCGACAAUGUCUCCAACUAGAUCA